AGCAAGCGACCACCACCACCCUCUCAACUCCAAAGCCCCCCGGCCGCCCGGCCGCCCGCGCGCCAGCCACCGCCGCCUCCUCGCCUCACCCAGAUGCCGCCGCCACCGGGCUCGUCGGCGCCCGCGCCGGAGCGGCGCCUCGCCGUGCUCCUCUCCCACUUCCGCCCGUGUCGCGAGGCCCCGCGGGCGGCAACCCGCCUCGCCACCGCCGAGCGCCACGGGACCGCGGCCGCCGCGGAGGCCGAAGCGGUUCUCUCUGCGUCCCCCUGCGCCGCUGGAGGAAGCGGAUCCUCCGGAGGCGAAUACUGCGUGUUCUGCAACAUCAUCGCGGGCGCUGCACCGGCCUUCAAGCUCUACGAGGAUGAUGAGUGCGUGUGCAUCCUGGAUGCUAAACCACUAACACCUGGGCAUUCCCUGAUCAUUCCAAAAAGCCAUUAUCCAUCACUGCAAACAACACCACCGACAGUACUAGCAGCUAUCUGCUCUAAACUGCCACUCCUGGGUACUGCAAUCAUGAAGGCUACUCAAUGUGAUGCAUUCAAUGUGCUAAUCAACAAUGGAGAGAAGGCAGGGCAGGUUAUUUUUCACACUCAUGUCCACAUCAUUCCCCGUAGCAAAGAUGAUAACCUGUGGUCUUCAGAGACCUACUCAAGGAACCCUAUUUCGCAUGGCCAGGAAACUAAGAAUCUUGUUAGCAGCAUCAAGGAAGUGCUCUCUUCUUCCCCUGAAGACUACAGUACUGUAACAUCAUCCACGCCAAAGGGAUUCUGAAACAACUCAACAAGACUGUAGAUAACCAAUUCAACAAGCAAUUUUUCUUUACCAUCUCAUUCAGCUUGAAGAAUAUUGCUGGGAGAUGAAUUGAUGUACAGCUUCAUCUCAGUCAUGCCUUGAAAUUUUGGUAGUAACUGACAAAAAGUACUCGUUGUAGAAAAGGAAAAAGCGGUAGAUCUUAAUAUCAUAGUUGGUACGGGGUAGUGAUCAGAAAGCAUCUCGCGAAGAACUGUAAAGAUUUUGUUUCUUAAACUUGGUAGGCUUAAGAUUGUGGGAGUGACUAGUGAGAACUCAGAAUCGGCAAGCCUGUGCUGGGCGUAGAAUGGUGGUUUCCUGCACAGAUGUUUUGAUCUCAUGGAUAUAUGAAUGAGUACAUAUGGAGGAGACUUGAAUCA